CUGACAUCUUCAAUAAGUUAAACGUGUUCCAUACACUUACUUUGCUGCUCGACGAUACGCUCUGUCCAUCUUGGGACCAACACCGCUCUUCAGACCCACCAACCAGCUUCUGCCAUGAGCCAAGUUGUUCGUCAGGCCCAGUGGGAGGCUGAAGUAGCUUCCAGUGGACACUAUGACAAGAUCAUGGUCCAGAAUCUCGAGGUCGUCGUGAAUGCAGGGAAAGACGUUUGGGGACGUGAGAAAAAGCAGCGGGCCUUGAUCAGUGUCACGUUGACGCUUGGAAAGCAGUUCACGUCAGCUUCUUCCACAGACUCCGUCGAUGACAGCACUGUUCACUACGGUACGCUCAGCAAGGCGAUACAAGCGCGCUUCAAAGAUGAUUCCAUGGCCUGGAUGUCGACUGUCGCUCUAUCAACUGCUGUCUCUCAAUGCGUUCGCGAUGUUGCAGGCUCGACAGAUGUGUAUGCGAUCGAGACUAAUGUCUGCUACCUGAAAGGCAGUAUGUUCGGCGAAGGCGCUGGACACAUCACCUCGCGCAUUGAAGGGACCGGCACCAGCUCGAACGUACUGUACCUGCACAACGUCCGAAUCCCGUGCUUGAUUGGCGUCAACUCCAAUGAGAGGCUGCAGAAACAGCCCGUGGUCCUCAAUGUUUGGGUUGACAACAUGGCUGAUUCUCGUGUGGAGGGAUACCCUCAACUAGAGACUUUCUUAUUCGAGUUAAUAUCUAGCUCUACAUUCCAAACGAUCGAGAGCCUGCUUGCAUGGUUGAUCGACGAGCUUAGACAAAGGUUCUUCACAGAAGAGGCGGACCAGAACGCGUGGAUCAAGCUGAGAGUUAGCAAGCCUCAUGCGGUACCCUUCGCAGAUGCGCCAGCCGUCGAGAUAACACGACCCGUACGGUCGAGCUAGGGUGGGGUGGUGUUACUAGCAAACUGCCGCAGCGAGUCAAAGCGCCGCCGUGACUGUGGAAACGUCUGCAGGUUUUCUCGACGCCAGCCACGGGAACAGCUAACGACGUCUGUUCCUGACUUAUGCUAGGGGAGGUCCGUUAGCGCAACCGGUACCGAUUCAGUCUCCACUCCAAUAGCUGUCCCUGUCUUACAGCCUGACGGCGUGAAAUCGGGAACCGCCAAGCGUCUAAGCUUGUUAGAAGCUUCUGCCAUCUCGGUUCUUGGUAUCGCGAGUACCUACAGACAGGGCCAUUAGGACACCCGAAUGAUAUUCUUGUUGUUGGGAGUAUUGCAAUGACAGGGUGUAGUCGAGGAUUUGAAAGUCGUGU